AUGUUGAGACUUUCCACAUUAUCGAAAAGGCUGUUUUCAAGAUCUGCUGUGUGUCUUGCAAACAAUGGUAAACCACAAAAUCCACCAAUAGAUACAACCAUCGAAUUAAAAAUCUCGCCUAUUGUUCGUACUGGGGAAACUGCCGAUAUCAAGCGAGCAAGAUUGGUUUAUCAAUCACGUAAGAGAGGGAUACUAGAAAGUGAUUUAUUAUUGAGUAGAUUUGCUAAAAAAUAUCUCAAGAAUAUGACACAUGAAGAGAUGGACGAGUAUGACAGGUUGUUAGAUGAAGCUGAUUGGGAUAUCUAUUAUUGGGCCACAAAAAACUAUGAUGUGACACCGUUGCCUAACAAGUGGAAAGAUUCAAAGAUCUUGAAGUUGUUGCAGGAAGAAGCUGAGAACAAGGAACGUGUGAUUUUGAGAAUGCCCGAAUUAGACGAAAGCGACUUUCUUAAGCCCAAGAACUAA